CACUGAUGUUUUCUGAUUGGGUUAAAAAAUUCCAAUUCACGGGCCGUGUUUGUUUUAAGAUAAAAUUAGUGAAUUAACCAAUGCAAUCAACUUGCCAAUCAAAUCGGAUCGCGGACCUUGACAAUCCUGUGUGCGAGAUGUCGGAAAAUCAGCGGGCGUUGAAGGAAAACCAGUAAAUUGCUCCAAAAUGCAUCUUUAACACCGCCAGCAAAAGCAACUUAAUCGACGGCAACAACAACAACAACGAAGCAACGACAACAACAAUAAUAUAAAAAACAACAACCAAAGCAACAUCAGCAAGCAAUCGGGAGGAAAAAAACGUGAAAAGUUUUUGGUGUUGCUCAGUGGACGCUCCUUUUUUUGUUUAUUUUUUAUGUUCAUUUUUGGAGGGCAGUAGGCGAAAAAAUAGCAAUAGCAACAACAAAAACAGGAGCAAAACAGGACACACAACUCAUCAAUAUUCGAAAAAGCAAUUGAGUCGAGGCAUCAAUUCAUCAAUUAUUCAAAAUGACCGAAGACGAAAUUCUCUUUGACGACGUCUACGAGCUGUGCGAGGUCAUUGGCAAAGGACCUUUCUCCAUUGUGAGGCGUUGCAUACACAGAGAGUCCAAUCAGCAGUUUGCUGUCAAAAUCGUUGAUGUGGCCAAGUUCACAGCGAGUCCGGGACUAAGCACAGCGGAUCUGAAGCGCGAGGCCACAAUAUGUCACAUGCUCAAGCAUCCGCACAUUGUCGAGCUGCUGGAGACCUACAGCUCCGAGGGAAUGCUCUACAUGGUCUUCGAGUUCAUGGAGGGCUCCGACCUGUGCUUCGAGGUUGUGCGUCGUGCUGUUGCCGGGUUCGUCUACAGCGAGGCGGUUGCCUGUCACUAUAUGCGCCAAAUCCUGGAGGCUCUUCGCUAUUGCCAUGAAAACGACAUCUUGCAUAGGGACGUGCGUCCCGCUUGCGCACUGCUUGCCACAGUGGACAACUCGGCGCCCGUGAAGCUGGGCGGCUUUGGAUCAGCCAUCCAAUUGCCGGGUACAAGGGAAACCAUAGAAACACACGGACGCGUCGGAUGUCCGCACUACAUGGCGCCGGAGGUUGUGACAAGGCGGCUGUAUGGCAAGGGCUGCGAUGUCUGGGGUGCCGGGGUGAUGCUCCACGUUCUGCUAUCCGGAAGGUUGCCCUUUUUAGGAUCCGGAGUGCGAUUGCAGCAGUCUAUAGCACGCGGUCGGUUAUCGUUUGAGGCGCCCGAAUGGAAGUCAAUAUCGGCGAAUGCCAAGGAUCUAGUCAUGAAAAUGCUGGCCGCCAAUCCCCAUCACAGACUCUCCAUCACCGAGGUGCUCGAUCAUCCCUGGAUAAGGGAUAGGGAUAAACUGCAGCGCACUCACCUGGCGGACACGGUGGAGGAAUUGAAGCGUUAUAAUGCCCGGCGCAAGCUCAAGGGAGCCGUUCAGGCCAUUGCCGGUGGCACCAAUAUGGAUCCGCUUUACGCCACCGAUGCGGAUAUGCCCAUAGCUGGCGCCACGGACGAGUGGGCCGACGAGGAGGCCGGCAUUGAGGCAGUACAGCGAAUUUUGGACUGCCUGGAUGACAUUUAUUCGCUGCAGGAUGCACACGUGGACGCGGAUGUGCUGCGGGACAUGUUACGCGACAGCAGGCUGCACCAGUUCCUGCAGCUGUUCGACCGGAUCGCAGCGACGGUGGUGACCAGCAAUGGACGUGCGCCUGCUGCCGAGGCAGUUGGACGCAGUCGCGAUGUCCUGGAGCUGCUCUCGUCAACCGCCGGCGGCAACUCACUGGGCGGCAAGUAUGCCAAGGACGAGCUGCUGCAGCUCCUGGCCGCCCCCCACAUGCAGGCUCUGCUCCAUAGCCACGAUGUGGUGGCCCGGGAUGUCUAUGGGGAGGAGGCGCUGCGCGUCACCCCGCCCCCCAUGGUGCCGUACCUCAACGGCGAUGAGCUGGACAAUGUCGAGGGCGGUGAGCUGCAGCAUGUGACCCGGGUGCGAUUGGUGCAGUUCCAAAAGAACACGGACGAGCCCAUGGGCAUCACGCUGAAGAUGACCGAGGACGGACGCUGCAUUGUGGCCAGGAUUAUGCACGGCGGUAUGAUUCACCGCCAGGCCACGCUGCACGUGGGCGACGAGAUACGGGAGAUCAACGGCCAGCCGGUGCAGCAUCAGUCGGUUGGCCAAUUGCAACGAAUGCUGCGCGAGGCACGCGGUUCUGUUACCUUCAAGAUAGUUCCUUCGUACCGCAGCGCUCCGCCCCCCUGCGAGAUUUUCGUGCGCGCACAAUUCGAUUAUAAUCCGCUGGAUGAUGAGCUUAUACCCUGCGCCCAGGCGGGCAUAUCGUUCCAAGUGGGCGACAUACUGCAGAUAAUUAGCAAGGAUGACCAUCACUGGUGGCAGGCGCGACUGGACACGGUGGGCGGUUCGGCGGGACUGAUACCGUCGCCGGAGCUGCAGGAGUGGCGGAUUGCCUGCCAGACGGUAGACAAGACCAAGCAGGAGCAGGGAGAACCGGGUGCUGGAUGUUCCGCUCACGCAGAUGGGUGUGAUGGAUCAGCAGUUAACUGCUCCAUCUUCGGGCGCAAGAAGAAGCAAUGCCGGGACAAAUACCUGGCCAAGCAUAACGCCAUCUUCGACACGCUCGAUGUGGUCACGUACGAGGAGGUUGUCAAGGUGCCAGUUGGUGAUCCAAACUUCCAGAGAAAGACAUUGGUGCUAUUGGGUGCUCAUGGGGUGGGCAGGCGGCACAUCAAGAACACCUUGAUAUCAAAGUAUCCCGACAAGUACGCCUAUCCCAUUCCUCAUACAACGAGACCUGCCAAACCCGAGGAGGAGAACGGACGCAGCUAUUACUUUGUCUCGCACGACGAAAUGAUGGCGGACAUCGGUGCGAAUGAGUACUUGGAAUAUGGCACUCAUGAGGACGCGAUGUACGGCACCAAGUUGGACACCAUUCGGCGCAUACACACCGAGGGAAAGAUGGCCAUAUUGGAUGUGGAGCCGCAGGCGCUAAAGAUUCUGCGCACCGCCGAGUUCACGCCCUAUGUCGUCUUUAUAGCGGCCCCCUCGCUGCAGAAUAUUGCGGAUUACGACGGCAGCCUGGAGCGGCUGGCCAAGGAGUCGGAGAUGCUGCGCCAGCUGUAUGGGCACUUCUUCGAUUUGACGAUUGUGAACAACGACAUCAGCGAGACGAUUGCCACGCUGGAGACGGCCAUCGAGCGGGUGCACACCACCCCGCAGUGGGUGCCCGUGUCCUGGCUCUACUGACAAGACAGUGAGCUGGAAUGCCCCGACUGCCUCGAGGGCUGUGACUGCGAGUGGGAUGCCUACACACAGGCCUCCAAUGUGGCGCUCUACUGAAGCGGAAGCGGAAGCAAGAAACACAUCACCAACCACACCACAACACACACACCAUUAAAGUAUUACCAAGGCACAAACAACAGCAACAGAAGCAACAGUAAAAGCAACCACUAAGAGAGGACACAGUGAGGAUGGAUCGCAAGAUCGGAUUAUGAAUAGAAGGCGCCAGGCGCCGAGCUAUAUAAUUUAAGUGUAAAAGGGUAUUAUGGGAACUGCGGUCGCAAAGAAGUGUUAAUUGUCAAACAACCAAUUGUAUUGCCUCCUUUUCGUGUGUUUUAGCCCUACGUUUAUUGGUAUUAUUUUAACGUAUUCUCUGUUUUAAGCCAUUCCAUGUUCAGUUUUGUUAUUCUUUAAGUAUUAUCAUUGUUUUGUUGUCUUUGUUUUUGUUCAGCAUUUAGUCAGAAGAGAACAGCAUUAAACGCUUAUGUAAAUCUUGCACUUGUUAGUGUCUAAGUUAACUGGAGACCAAAAGGCACUCCAAAAUUAUUUUUACUCAGCGAUUAUUUACGGCAAAAGUCUGGUGAGCAGGGGGCGGGGGGCGUUGAACGAGUUAGUAAAUUAUAGAGAAAACUACGUAAUUAAAUAUAAUUAAACAUAGACACGCGGAGACAUACAUACAACCAGAACGAACACGGAGAGCAGAAGGUAAUAAGCGAAUUAUGAUGUGAGCAAUUUCAAGUGUUUCAAGCCAAGUAAGAACUAAUUAAUUACACACGGAGGAAGAUCGAGUAAAGACAGUGGUAAGGUCGCAAAGUGCACGUUUUAAAUGCAAUAAACAUAACGAAAAAGGUAACAGAAAACCGAAAAUACAGAAAAAACAGCAAAUGCAAAUGCAAAACCAAAAAAAGAAAUUAAUUACACCACACACACACACACACACGGAGGUAAAAGAAAAACCAUAUAUAAUAAUAACAAAAUACCAAAUUGUUGACGUUUAAUUGAAUUCAAUGGGAAAUGAGUAAGACACACACACACAACCAAAAAAAUGCAAUCAAACAUAAUAAACAAAAAAAAAGUAAGAAGUAAAGAAAAACCAAUAAUAAUAAUUGCAGCAGCGUUUAAUUCAAGCAAAAGCAAAGUAAACAAAUGGAAAAACAUGGAGUGAGCACAAAAACAAAAAACAACACACAUACUAACUGCAAUUACGAAUUAAAAUAAUUAGCAAAGGGAACGGAGUGUAAGAGGCAGGUCAACACGUAUAAAUAUAUAACAAAAAAAACAGCAAGGAGAAUGGAGAGAAGAAAGUAGGAAAAUGAGAAAAUAUGUAUACACACACAUAUAUAUAUUUUUCGAACAACUCAAACUCAGGUUGGAUACAUUGAAAAUCAGUCAGUUCAAUAAGAUUAAUAUAGCGGAGCGCUUCCUUUUAACCCACAGCCAAAACAAAACCAAAAACCAAAAAGAAAAUAAUAAGAAAUAAAAACGAGAACCUAAACUAACGAAAGAAUGACCCAAAGAUCCUUGAGUCGCUUUUGAAUUGAUUUGAAUUUGAAUCGUACACCCACACAGGCCCAGUAACCACCCAAAAGCAGCAGCUUCAAAUUUUCGAGAUACUUUACAAUGACUGUCUUAGCAAUCAAGCAACUAGAUCAAGGAUCCAGCGCUCAGUAAUUUCGCUUUUGUCGUCCUAGAUACCCUUUUCACAACUUAGCUUCCCUGAUUUAGAGCUUCUGAGAUGGAAAAAGAAGCGAAUUUUCUCGUAUCGAAUAGAGAUUGCACUUGAUAUCGAACUUAGCAUUAAAAACAAACACGUGCCACGGUUCUCCAGCAGUCUCUCAAAGCCCAACCGCAACCCACACUCGACGACCCACUUGAAUUUCCCAACCGCACCCACAACACCCACAAGAGAAGAAGACACACACACACACUCGUAUAUCCAGAACAAUUCUAUGGUUUCAAAAUGGUUGAACAAUUUUGCAUAGAGUAUUAUCGUUAGGCGCUGGGCUAUAACUUUUUGGUUCUGAGCAGGACAGCAGGAGCAGGCAAUGCAAAAAUCAUAGAAGUAUCCCAGUGACAACCGAACCUACCCGAAGAAAAUACUGAAGAACUAACUACCUACCCACAACCACAAACCAAACAGCCGAGUGGCCAAAUUAACUAAGUAUUAUACCUUAAAGCGAGGCGAGAGGAAACCUUAUAAGGAACAACCUGGAGACGAGACGACGAGAUGGAUGUAUGUACAUUUUGAGGCUCCGCAAAACACCAAAAAUGAUUAAGGAGAAAUGAUUAGGAGAGAAAUGCUCAAAUCAAAAUCUAAUAUUUUACGGUAUUAACAAUGGAUUAGGAACGAUUGAAGGACAGGAUAUAUAGGAUUGAAUGUAGUAGGUUGAAGGGGGAAAACCGAACCGAAGGGCAUCCCAAGAAUGAGCUAGGAUUUCAAAGGAUUCGUUUCGUUUCGUUUUCGUAUUUUUAAUUGAUCCUUUUUUUCUUAGCCGAUGCGAGCAAAUUGUAGCUGUACUCUAAGAAUAAUUUCACACUAAGAUUAAGUAAAAAUUUAUUGUUGAUAUUACAUAAAAAGAAAAAAGAAAAGAAAGAAAGAAAUGAGAAGAGACAAGCACACAUGCAUGAAUUAGAAUUUUUCUCUAAUUUCAUAAGUUAAUGAUGAUGAUGAUGAUGACGAUGAUCGUGAAGAUGAGUUGAAAAAUGCUUAUGAUCUCCAAAAUGUCAAUAUGUGUAGAUUGACGCGAUUUGAGCUAAUUGAGUGAAUUGUUAUUAAAAUAAUAAAUGAAAUUAAUGAAUCGAACGAUCGGGGGGGUCUAGACCCAACGCAUCGUUCGAUUGGGGCCGCUGAGAGUUAGUAAAUAUCAUUUAAACUAAAUGAUAAAAAUGGCAUUAUAUAUACAUAGUUUAAACAUGGGAUUAAUAAUAAUAAAUUAAAGAGGAAACAACAAAAACCGACAAAGACGAAGAACGGGAAUGCGAAUUAAAUAAAAACGAGUAAACACUGAAAUACCGAAUUUUAAAUACAUAAGUUUUGAAUCAUGAUACAAGCAGCAAAGAAAGCAAAGCAAAAACCCCACACAGAAACCGAAACAAAAUUAAUAAAAAGAACUUCUAUAUAUAAAACACAACAACAAAAAAACAAACAAGAGAAUGAAAUAUACGAGAGAUACAAUUUCAA